AUGAGUCACUUGGAGAAGCAGCGUCUCGAAUCCUACCUAUAUCAUUACGCGACGGCUAACUUAGGUGCCCAAACAUUGCUCCGUUACCCCUUCAACUACCAAGAUGUCGAUGGAACUCGAGAUCCUCCCCAGAGCCUUGUCGAAAACGACUCGGAUAUGAUGCUCAAGGCUGCAAGGCUGAAGUCCACAAACACUCCCAAGCCGGUGCACUUUUCAACAGCGAAUUGCAAACGAGAGUUCGUUUUCUACACUUUCCUGCGGGCCUGGCAAUUCGGAGGCUACCCGUACAGGAAACUGGCAUAA